CGAGCUGACUCAGUGUGAACGCUUCCUCUUAGUUGACAACAGCGAGUGUAACUGGGUAGUGAAUACAACUAGCCGACAACACACAGCCGGUAAACAAUUAGCUUAGCAAAGAUUAUUUGCAUUGUUAUGUGUUGUGCAUCACCGAGGUUAGGAGGACACACAGCAUGCACCCUGGAUGCUCCAUUUGUUUAUCCUACAGCCAAGUACACUGUAUGUGACUAAGAUUUGAAGGCAGGUGUGGAUUGAGUGAAACUUUGUCAUCAAUCCCCCAAUACAUCCAUCCAUGUGUAUAAUUUUCUUCAAGUUUGACCCCCGGCCUGCAUCCAAAAAUGCCUACAGGCUAAUUUUGGCUGCAAACAGAGAUGAGUUCUACAACAGGCCGUCCAAAGCUGCAGACUUCUGGGGGAGCAACAGUGAGAUCCUCAGCGGCCUGGACCUGGAAUGUGGUAAGGAGGGAGGAUCAUGGCUGGGGAUCAGCAAGCGAGGCAAACUGGCUGUAAUCACCAACUACAUGGAAGGACGCCCCAACCCCGACGCACAAGGAAGAGGAUUUCUAGUGUCUAACUACCUUACGGACAAGGAUCUGGACAGCUACUCUUACCUAAAGAAGGUGUCGACAGACGGCCACCUGUACAACGGCUUCAACCUCCUCACAGCGGAGUUCAAAGCCAAACAAGACACUGUGUGUUACUAUGGAAACAGAGGCAGCCCUGAACCCAUCCAUCUAAAACCAGCAGGAAUCUAUGGCUUGAGUAAUUCGCUGCUGGAAACUCCGUGGAGGAAACUGCUGCAAGGCAAACGCCACUUCACCAGCGUGGUCAGCGACCAAUCGCUGUCCUGCGAUGGACUGGUGCAAGAGCUCCUUAAAGUCCUCAAUAAUGACGAACUGAACACACCUGAUCCAGCUCAGGAGAGCCAGGGCAAUGGUUACAGCAAGGACAUGGUCCAGGCUCUGUCUGCAGUGUUUGUUCGCAGCCCUCGAUACGGCACGAGGACCAAUACAAUCAUCCUGAUUGACGCAGAAGGUAAUGUGACCUUCACAGAGCGCACCAUGCUCAACUGCGACGCAAGCAAUUGGAGCACCAGUUCUUUCCAGUUCAAACUGCAGGAGUGAAGACAUGACGAAGGAAACCCACUCUGUGCCUUUCUGCAUCUCCUUUCCUUCCAUCUCCCCCUCUCCCCCCCUCAAGCUGCACCAUAGCAGCUACGUGAACACGAAGACUCGUCUGCACUUUCUAUUUCUUCAGCUAGUCGACACUAGCCGCCUCAUUAACAUCAGUGAUAUGUACUUCUCAUUCUUGAUUUAAGUUAAAAAGAAAAAUAAUGAAAGUAUUUUGAAAAUGUGUGCUAAUUUAAAAAGAUUGCCAAAGAACAUUUAUACGGAAAAUAUUUUACCUACAUUUCACAAAACGGCUGGGUUGGGUUGCUUUAAAAAAAUCAAUACCAUUUACAGAUUGCUGCAAACCUGCUUUGAAAUGCAAUCAAUACCGUCACGCACAAGAUAUUUUAAUGCAAUCUUAAUUUAUUCUUUUUGGUGUCAUGUUUUUACCCGUAAAUACAUGAUAUGGGGUGAAUAUACAUUUUAUGCACAUUUUCCAGACUACAAUUUAGAAUACUUUUCUGUUUGGGAAAUCAUUGGGUCACCAGUAUUUUUCUAGAAAAUGUGUAAUCUGAUUUAAAUUUACAGUACUUGUUAUAGAUUAGAGUUACCAACUACUUUUUAAAGGUUGGAUUACUGUAACCCUGUUACAAGUAACGCAUUAGUUAUGCCCCAACCCUGCACAACAGUAGCCUCAGUGGUGGUUACAACAAAAUAAUGUUGAAUACAAAACAGUUUCAGGCACUGGAUCUCCGACCACUUCCAUGGUAGAAUAAUGCAUUUUACAGCUGCUUGACAAUAAAAACAAUUUAUCAAAACACUCA